CGUUGUUGACAAGUGGACUAUAAAAUAUACCGGCUGUGUUUGAUUUUAAAUGUGUGUUUAUAUCUAAAAAAUUAACUAAAUCCGUCCUUAAUUAUUGAUCAUUUGUGCAGUUACCUACUUAUAAUAAAUAUAAGAACUUCUUAAUUUAAAUCCGAACCUAUAUUAAGUUCCUUGCAAAGCCGUUGAGGUCUUAAAAUGUCAGAUUCUGAACCGCCUGCAUCGCAAGAAGAAUCACAAGGGGAGGAAGAAGAAAUAGAGGAUGUAGAAGAAGUAGAAGAAGUUGAAGAUGCAGAAGAUGUAGAAGUAGAAGAAUUAGAGCAAGGACAAAAGCAGUUGAAUGAGAAGGAGGAUGCUUCAAAAGAUGAUGAACCUAUUUUAAACGAAAGCCUCAUGAGCAUGGAGAAAAUGGACAGAUCUUCUCCCGAAUUAUGGCCAGAGCAAAUCCCCGGAGUCACCGAAUAUGUAUCAGCUCAUAUGUCAUCUCACUCAAAUAAUAGCACAUUACCAGUUUGGCUGAGUCCCUUAACCUCUGAAGAUAUCGAUUUAAUGCACAGGCUUGCAACACACUCGACUAGAGGUUUAAUUUCAGAAAUAAAAACACUGCAUGAUUUAGCCUACCAACUAGGCGUUGAGGAAGCAAGAGAAAUGACUCGGGGAAAAUAUUUAAAAAUAUUUUCUUAUAAACCUUCAUAAUGAUAACUAAAAAAAAAUCAGAUUUUAACUAGAUAGUGUAUAAAUUAGAUAAUUAUUGUAACAGCUACGCAAUAUGUAGAUAUUUAUUGAUGUAUGUAUAUAAGUU